AUGCAUAGAGAAAUCCCCAGGAAAGGCCAGUCCUGGGUAAUCCUCAGAGAGGAGCAACAAGAUUUCACUUUUGAGUAUGUGCAAAGAGAAGCUCUCAGAGUCCCCCUGAUCUUCAGAAAUAAGGAUGGACUGGGAAUUAAAAUGCCUGACCCGGAUUUCACCGUUCGAGAUGUGAAGCUAUUAGUGGGGAGCCGCAGGAUCGUGGAUGUGAUGGAUGUGAACACGCAGAGGGGGGUGGAGAUGAGCAUGUCUCAGUUUGUGCGCUACUACGAGACCCCAGAGGCCCAGCGGGAGAAGCUCUACAACGUCAUCAGCCUGGAGUUCAGCCACACCAAGCUGGAGAACAUUGUCAAGCGCCCCAACGUGGUGGACUUAGUCGACUGGGUGGAUAAUAUGUGGCCACAGCACUUGAAGGAGAGACAGACGGAUGCUACCAAUGCAAUUUCAGAGAUGAAAUACCCCAAAGUGAAAAAGUACUGUUUGAUGAGUGUGAAAGGAUGCUUCACUGAUUUUCAUAUUGAUUUUGGUGGCACUUCAGUGUGGUAUCACGUUUUCCGUGGGGGGAAGAUCUUCUGGCUGAUUCCACCGACUCUGCAGAAUCUAGAACUUUAUGAAGAAUGGGUUCUCUCAGGAAAGCAAAGUGAUAUCUUUCUGGGAGACAGGGUGGAACGAUGCCAAAGAAUUGAGCUGAAACAAGGCUACACCUUCUUCAUUCCUUCAGGGUGGAUACACGCGGUUUAUACUCCAGUAGAUUCUCUGGUGUUUGGUGGAAAUAUCCUGCAUAGCUUUAAUGUUCCCAUGCAGCUUCGCAUCUAUGAAAUUGAGGACAGAACAAGGGUGCACGCCAAAUUCCGCUAUCCUUUCUACUAUGAGAUGUGCUGGUAUGUUCUGGAGAGAUACGUGUCCUGUGUGACCCAGCGCUGCCACCUGAGCAAGGAGUACCAGAGAGAAUCAAUGGUCAUUGAUGCAAAAAGAAAACGCAGCACAGACAGCUACUCAUCAGAUUCGUGGUUAGACAUGGAUGAAGAAUCUUGUGAUGCCCAUCUCCAGGAGGAGAAGGAUGACAGCUUGGAUAAGAACUCCAAAUCCUUGGUGGAUGGCUCCUCCUCACCCAACAGCACACACUCAGAGGGGAAGGAGGCUGCAGGGAGGAAACAGAAAGCCACAGUAAUGAGGUACCUGAAAAGAACUUUGUCUAAUGAGUCGGACGACAGCAUCAAAUCAACGACCCCCACGGACUAUCCCAAAACACCCACGGGGUCUCCAGCCACAGAAGUUUCAACCAAAUGGACUCACCUCACAGAAUUUGAACUGAAGGGUUUAAAAGCCCUGGUGGAAAAGCUUGAAUCCCUCCCAGAGAACAAGAAGUGUGUUCCAGAAGGCAUUGAGGACCCUCAGGCUCUCCUGGAGGACAUGAAGAACAUACUAAAGGAGCAUGCUGAUGAUGACCAAAAUCUUGCCAUUUCGGGUGUCCCUGUGGUCAGCUGGCCCAAGAAGACCACAAAGUGCCACUUCUGCAAGGACAUGAAGAAGUUCGGGGGCCCCGGCAGGAUGAAGCAGUCCUGCAUCAUGAGGCAGUGCAUAGCUCCGGUGCUGCCUCACACUGCUGUGUGUCUGGUGUGUGGAGAAGCUGGGAAAGAGGACACUGUGGAAGAGGAGGAGAGCAAGUUUAAUCUCAUGCUAAUGGAAUGCUCCAUUUGUAAUGAAAUCAUACACCCAGGAUGCCUUAAGGUGAAGGAAUCGGAUGGUGUGGUGAACGAUGAGCUGCCGAACUGCUGGGAGUGUCCAAAGUGCAACCACGCAGGGAAAACUGGAAAAGCGUACAAGCAAAAGCGCGGACCAGGAUUUAAAUACGCGUCAAAUCUCCCGGGCUCGCUGCUGAAGGAGCAGAAAAUCAACAGAGACAACAAGGAGGUGCCAGAUGCUGCCAAACGGAAAGGGGACUGCGAGGAGACCCCCAGGAGGAAGUCAGAGGAACAUUCCAAGAAGGCUCCGGUUGACUCCAUCCUGAGGAGAAAGUCUGACGAGGUGCAUCUGUGGAGGAAACGGAAAUUCGAGAAGUCCCAGGAACCCACGAUGAGGAAGCGGCGGCGAUCGUGGAAGGCCCCGGAUGAGCGGACGGCCAUGAUCAAACCCCUGCGGCGCCUCAAGCAGGAGCCCGAGGACGAGCUGCCCGAGGCGCCCCCCAGGUCCAAGGACAGCGACCAGUCCCGCUCCAGCUCGCCCACGGCAGGGCCCAGCACGGAGGGCGCCGAGCCCAGGGACAAGAAGAAGUUCAAGAUGAGGAGGAAAAGGCGGCUUCCCAAUAAGGAACUGAGCAAGGAGCUCAGCAAAGAGCUUAACCAGGAGAUCCAAAAAACCGAGAACAGCCUUGCCAAUGAGAACCACCAACCCAUCAAAUCUGAACCGGAGAGCGAGAACGAGGAGCCCAAGCGUGCGUUGAACAACAGCGAGAGACUGCACAGGUUCAGCAAAGGGUUGAACGGGACUCCCCGGGAGCUGAGGCACCACCAGCUCAUGCCCAGCCUGCGCAGCGCCCCCCGGGGCAUCGCCCGGCCCCCGCCCUCGCUGUCGCCCCCCAAGUGCAUCCAGAUGGAGCGGCACGUCAUCCGGCCUCCUCCCAUCAGCCCCCCUCCGGACUCGCUGCCCCUGGAUGACGGGGCAGCCCACGUGAUGCAGAGGGAAGUCUGGAUGGCUGUCUUUAGCUACCUCAGUCAUAGAGACUUGUGCAUCUGUAUGAGAGUUUGCAAGACCUGGAACAGAUGGUGCUGUGACAAAAGAUUAUGGACCAAAAUAGAUUUAAACCAUUGUAAAUCCAUCACUCCACUUAUGCUUAGUGGCAUUAUUAGGAGACAGCCUGUAACCCUUGAUCUUAGCUGGACAAAUAUAUCUAAAAAGCAGCUGAGUUGGCUUAUCAACAGACUGCCAGGUCUGCGGGACCUGCUGUUAUCAGGGUGCUCAUGGAUUGCAGUGUCGGCACUUUGUAGCUCCAGCUGUCCCUUGCUGCGAACCCUGGACGUGCAGUGGGCGGAAGGACUGAAAGACGCACAAAUGAGAGACCUCCUGUCCCCGCCCACGGACAACCGGCCAGGCUGCCAUGGGUGUACUUUAGAGAGUGUGGAAACACUUUCUUCCAAUUCAGGGAAGGAGCAGUUCUGUGGGUCAUGCCACAUUCGCCCGGAUUUCAGCUCAGGUCAGAUCGACAACCGGAGCAAGCUACGGAACAUCGUGGAGCUGCGCCUGGCCGGGCUGGACAUCACGGACGCGUCGCUGCGGCUCAUCAUCAGGCACAUGCCCCUGCUCUCCAAACUCAAUCUCAGUUACUGUAACCACGUGACAGAUCAGUCUAUUAACCUGCUGACCGCCGUCGGAACCACCACGCGGGACUCGUUAACGGAAAUUAAUUUAUCAGACUGCAAUAAGGUCACUGACCAGUGCCUGUCUUACUUCAAACGUUGUGGGAACAUCUGCCAGAUCGACCUGAGGUACUGCAAGCAGGUGACGAAGGAGGGCUGUGAGCAGUUCAUAGCAGAGAUGUCCGUGAGCGUACAGUUCGGGCAGGUGGAAGAAAAACUCCUGCAAAAACUGAGUUAGUUAAAGGACUCGUGUAAAUACUGGGGCGGGGGGGAAGGGACUAAGAACACGUAGGGAUUUUAUUUUCAGUUGGGAACUUGGAAUAUCAGAAAAUGCCGCGAUUGGAUUUUACAACUCUUGUUGAGGAGAGAACAACGUGAAACUACCCAUGUUAAGAAUUUCAACUUGUGCCACUAAUUCAGUCCACCUGGGAUGACCUGCACUGGCUCUUAUGCAAAUUCAUAAGGCGACUGUUACCGAUGAUAAUUGUUCACACCUGGAAGAAGACUGAGCUCCAAGAAAUACUGUUAUUUAAAGUACCACAGCAUGUGCUUGGUAGUGUAAAUUUGAUUUCUGCUUUUCAUUUCUUAAAACAAGAAAAAAAAAAGUUGGUGUCAUUUAAGUGGACCACGCACUGCAUUUCUGCCUUCUUAACACGUUUUGUUUUGUUACAUCUUACAUUAUGCAGAACUAUUUUUGUACAAAAAUUGUUUAAAAAUUAUUUAUGCAAUGUUUGAAUGCAUUACCAGUGUUUCGGUUUUGAUUGCCAAUUUUUAUCUUUACUUAUGGUAGGCGAGAACUUAACCUAUACUUCGUAGGCAGUAUCUAUCUCCAAACGUGCCCAGGUCAGGAAAAGUAGGUUCAUACUUUCAACUUAAAGCAUGUUUUAAUGGAAGUUUAUAUCCUGCUUUGUAUACUUCAGAAGUGACAUAAGCAUGUUGUGGAAAUAAGGUGUAAAUUAUAGUUGAAGUAAAACACUUUUAUCUGUAUAGAAAUCACCUUUUUCUCAAAAUUUUAAAAAAAUUCCAAUUUCAGCUUUUGCACAUAGGAGGGUUUCACUCUGUAGCAUGAGCUCUUGUACUCAAUAUAAAAUUAAUUUAUACAGUGAGUCCAGCAGUAGAAUAAAUGGUCAAACGUAGUCUCUCUUUCUUUGAAGUGUGAGUUGAGUUCUCAUUUAAGGUUUAUAACAUGGUUAUUUCCUGAUUGUAAAAUUCUGCAUUCAUAAGUGCCAUUGUUGUACGGUGUUGUUUUCGUAGACCUUCCUGAUGCAGUUUUACCUUUGUUGAAUUUGUAUAAACAAUUGUACAAAAACAG